UUUGGAACUUCGGUACUGUGCACCACGAAAUCGGCACUCUAGCUGUCUCCACAAUCUAACGGGUAUUCUGAGACCCGUCUUCUGUAUAUGGACGUAUAGGAGUAGGCGAAUAGAAAAUGCUUCCUUCUACCCAGAUCCGACACCUUUAGUCAACAGCAACUGUCCAUAAAGUUUAUUGUUCUGAGACGGUAUCAACUGAACGAUUGCCCUAUGAAUUAUCUAUCAGGUUAGGCGCCUAGAUUGCCUCCAAACAGCCUCAGGCACCCCCUCCAUCACCUCAUAAAAAGGCCCUCAUUAUUUUGGUAACUGCAUAGUUCUUUUUUCCAAUUUCUUCUCUUUGACACUACCUUCCACGCACUACUCAAUCCUGGAUAUCAACACCCAGAGUUCCGCAACAAAAUGAGUAACCGCCACCUACAUAAAAGGGAUCUCUCGUUCCCUAGCCCGGCACCGUCGCACGAUGUAACAUUUCCCAAUGACGAGACAGCCGCAGUCGAACAGGAGGACGAGCUGUGUCAAGCCCUGCUUUCGCUGAUUGAGAGCAUAGUGCGUGACAUGCAAGACGAGCUUCGACAGCAAUUCAAAGCUCAGCUGCAAGAGUCCCAGAUGAAGAGAUUGCAGCACGAGAAGGUACUCUCCUCGCUAGCGGAGUCGCUCGUGGCAAAACUACUUGCAACAAAAGAACAAAUGGUGGAAGAUCUUGAGGAAAGGGUCGCUAUGCUCAAAGCCUCGAUGGCUACUCCAGAACUUACCGGAGCACUAUGGCCGGACAGGGCAUCUCAGCCAAUAGGCGAAGUCGAAGACCACUCUCCAGCAUAUCUUCAGCAAGGAACUGCGAAGAAUGGCGAACUCAAAAACCUUGCUGAACAACUCAAACACGGAGCUGGGGACUUUGGGAGGGCAACGAGUGUGUUUUGUUCUGUCAUCUUCUUCGAUCCCCGCCAAGGCAAACUGGACGCGGCGGUGCACUUACCAGUAGGCCAAGCUCUGCCAGGUGCUAAUGAACUCGUACGCAAGAAAGGGAACGUUUGUUUAGUUGACUUAUUUCUCAUAGAUGCGGGCGAUGGAGGAAGCGAAUAAUGCUACAUUCGUGCAGGAGGGCGUCGCACCAGAAGUUGUCAACUCUCCUAGGACCACAGCAUUUCAAUCGAGUCGAGCUGACCGUCUCUUUGGGUCGGCAAGAGAA